AUGGAGUUGUUUUCAGAGGGCCUUCGUGAUUAUUUUGGUCGUUUCGGUGAGGUUAACGAGUGUAUGGUGAUGCGGGACCCAGCGACUAAACGGGCUAGAGGCUUCGGGUUUAUCACAUUUGUCGAUCCGGCUAGUGUAGAUAGGGUAUUGGCAACUGAGGAGCACGAAUUAGAUGGCAAAAAGGUACUUUUCAUUCAUCUCGAUUUCCUCGAAUAUUCAAGCCCGUGCUUGUUGCUUUUCCACCCUAUUCAUUUUUAA